CUUUCGAUUGGAGUUUCGAAAGCGACGUCGCAAAGUCAACGAGGAGAAGAGGAUAGACAGAAUCACGUAUGCUCGUUGCUGUUGCGAGACUCUUCAGACUCACGAACAGCGCCAGAACGUCGUCGCCGUACUUCGCCGGCUUAUCGGGAGCGAGAAGUGCCUGUUUUUCCGGAGUCGCGUCCGCACGUCGACAACAGCACGCGAUCCUAUCGGCGAGGUGCUACUGCGAGUCGUCGUCGUCGCUAGCCUUGAACGCCGCUCGAAGUCGUAGCGUAGAACAAGACGCCUUCGGCAUGGACGCGGAGAAAGGCACCGCCCCCGGAGUCCUCAGGGCAUGGGACUUCAACAUUUCUCCCGAGGACCUGCACACCAGGGCGUCCAAGAUCAUGGACGAGUGCCGCAAGAUCUGCGACAGGGUCGGCGCACUGCAGGGUGACGAGAUCACCUUCGAGUCCGUGCUUGAGGAAAUCGCUGAGGGCCAACGUGUAUUUGCCAAUGAGAGGCUCUACCUCGACCUGCCGAUGUAUGUUUCGCCGAAGAAGGAACUUCGUGAUGCCAGUGCCGAAGUGUCGGGCAAGCUGAACGAGUUUGAAAUUGAGAUAGACAUGCGGACCGACAUCUUUGAGAAGCUGCUUGUGCUGGAGAAGAAAGACACCAGCUGCCUUUCACCGGAAAGGAAACGAUUCCUCGAAAGGCUCAUCAAGCUUCGCAAGCGAGACGGUCUCCACCUGGCAGCAGAGGUGCAGGAGCAGGUGAAGCAGCUCAAGAAUGACAUAAGUGACCUCGAGGUGAAGUACAACAAGAACUGCAACGAGGAGAACACGGUGCUCGAGUUCACCGAAGAACAGCUGAAGGGCACACCCGAGGACUUUAUCAAGAGUCUGGACAUGGUCGAGUCUGGCAAACGGAAGGUGACGCUGAAGCACCCACACGUCAUGCCCAUCAUGAAGAUGGCUGUUGACCCAGAGACUCGCAAGAAGGUCAACUUUGCUUGCGAAUCCAGGUGCGUCACAGAUAACAUACCCCUGCUUGAGAAGGCCAUAUCUCUGAGAGACAAGAAAGCCCAGAUACUCCACUACCCGACUCACGCCGACUACAUCACCGAGUUGCUGAUGGCGCGUUCGGCCGCCAACGUGCGGCGCUUCCUCACCGAACUGGCCGACAAGCUGCAGCCUCUGUGGGAGAAGGAAAAGAAAGUGCUGCUUGAACUGAAAGAAGAAGAGUGCAAGCGCCAGGGAAUCCCCUUUGAUGGCGAGCUGCACUGCUGGGACGUGGCCUUCUACAAGAAUUUGGUGGAGGAGCGACACUACAAGGUGGACCAGGAGAAGCUGCGGGCGUACUUUCCCCUGGACGUUGUCAUGAAGGGCCUGUUCGGCAUUUACGAGCUUCUGUUGAGGUUAAAGUUUGAAGAGAUCGAGAAUCCUGCCCUGUGGCAUCCUGAGGUUCGCAUGUUCAAGGUGACCGACAGCGAAACCAAGGAGCUUCUUGGCUACUUCUUCAUGGACCUGUUCCCGCGAGAGGGCAAGUACAGCCACUUCUGCAACAUUCCACUGCAGGCAACUUGUGUCAAGCCAGACGGCACCAGGCAAGUUGGUGUGGUGGCUGUUGUGUGCAACUUCCCAAAACCUACAGCGGACAAGCCGUCUCUACUGACCCACACUGAUGUGGAGACGUUCUUCCACGAAUUUGGCCACACCAUGCACCACCUUUGCAGCCAGACUGAACUAGUCAUGUUUGAGGGCACGACGGUCGAGCGGGAUUUCCUGGAGUGCCCUUCCCAGAUGCUGGAGAACUGGUGCUGGGACAUGGAGGGCCUGAGCCGCAUGUCCAAGCACUACUCCUCGGGCGAGCCACUUCCCAAGGAGUUGGCCGACCCGCUGAUCGCCUCGCGGCUCGCCAACGUGGGACAGUUUAAUCUGCGCCAGAUCACCCUGGCCAUGUUCGACUUGGAACUGCACGUCAAGCCUCAGGCAGAGACGGCUAAGCUGUUUGCAGAGAUCCAGGACAAGCUGCUCGGCUACAAGCCGCAGGAGGGGACCAACUUCGCCGCCAACUUCUCCCACCUGAUGGGUGGAUACGACUCUCGCUACUACGGCUACUUGUGGAGUCAAGUGUACAGCAUGGACCUGUUCGACACACGCUUCAAGAAAGAGGGCAUCCUGAACCCCAAGACCGGCAUGGACUAUCGGCAGCAGAUCCUCGAGCCUGGCUCAACAAAGGACGCCGAGGUGAUGCUCAGAAACUUCCUGGGUCGGGAUCCCAAAAUGGAUGCCUUCCUUGCGAGCAAGGGUCUGGCACCUCCGAGCUGAUGUCAUUUCUAGUUUCCAUCGGGAUCUUAUCGAAGAAAACUUGCACCUCGUGGUGGCCUUCUUUUUUUUUAUACUAUAACUUCGUAAAAGUUCAGACUGAACCCUCGACCUCAUCAAGAGCUUCUGAUAGGUCUAUAUCGCCACUUCUUACGUGCCAUGAUGGUGUCACGUCUUUGACGGGCAACACAAAACCAUGACAGAGUUGUGACUUGGCAUCAAAAGAUGCUCCUUUUUCUUUUUUACUCAUUUUGUUUUUACUCAAUGUGUUCAAGUAAAGGACUUCAAACAUUUU